AUGGCAGAGAUCGUUGGGCUUGUCGCUGGCGGCGCGGGGCUAGCUUCCCUUGCUGUUCAGAUUCUGGAGAACACACGUAUAUUAGCAGAUUUCUACUCUACUGUACGCGAUGCGCCUGAACAAAUAGGCGUUAUUCUCGAGGAGAUUGACGUCCUAGCACAUGUUCUCGUGGAGUUUUCAAGAAUUCAGGGCCUGAGGACCACCGGAUUGACGGACAUCACCACCCAAAUCCAGGUGAAUACGAUUCACCAGUGCAAAAUUGCUUCCGAUUGUUUGAGCAACAUUGUUUCAGAAUUGAACACGGGCAUGAGAUUGCAACCUAGGCGAUUCUCGCUGCUAACUGCAUUGAGGACAAGAAAACUAGACAAGCUCCUUCUCAGACUUGAAAGAGCAAAGUCAACACUUACGCUUGCACAGAUACUCUACCUCCAACUGUUGCAACGACGGUCUCACGAAACCCAGAAGAUUGGAUACGGAAUCUCAGCCUCACCACCUCGUCCUUCAGGAAGUCCAGGUUCCGGGACGACCUCAAACCGGAAUGCACAUUAUGUACUCGUCGAUCAUGGCACAGAAUACUACCUGGGGAUUGGUACUGUCCGAUCUCUGAAACGGCAAGGGCCAGUUGGAGAACCCGAAUCAGAAUCUGAAGGGCACGAAUUGCAAUUCCGCAUUGCCCCUUGGUUCAAGGCGUGGGGAAUUUCUCUCAUCAUCAAGCGACAAUUUGGGUAUAUUCAGUUUACACUUCGACCUCUAAGGCUGGUGACAGGAGAUUCACCUAUUAUGAAGGCUUGCGCAAUGGGCGAUACUGAGGAGGUCAGACGUCUGGUUACUACGAAAGAGGCCUCGCCAUCUGAUGCAACGUAUGACGAUGUCACUCCGUUGCAUAUAGCUGCAUCGUGGCUUAGGCCUGAGACGUGUAGGCUCCUUCUCGAGUUAGGAGCGGAUGCUGCAAGUAUAGUACGAUAUCAGGGCAUCACUUGGACGCCACUUGGGCUCGCCGUUGAACGAGCCGGGUAUUAUAGGAUCUUUCUCUUCCCUGACCUGGAGGAGCUGCGGCCUGACCCUGAUGAUGGGCUUCCUCAGAUGCGUGAAACAAUGCGCGUUUUAUUGGAACAUGGCAACAGUGAUCUCCACGAUGGGUAUCUUCCUGGCAAGCCUGGAGAGUGGAACAAAACUAGGUCCGCUCUGCAUGGAUUUCGAGGCUCUUACGCAGACUAUCUUUGGCUGACACAGAAAAAAAUUGGAAUUGAUGAGGCAGCUUCGGAUGACUACAAGGCUUCAAUUGUUCUCCAGCAGACAGAAAUGUUUCCAAAUGAUUCAUUCAUGGCAGCAAUGAGUCAAAUCACGAAUACGGUUCACCUUGCGAAUUUCACUGACCGCCGAGGGUCUAGGUUGCUGCAUUAUCUAAUGGAUUCGAACUGGGGCACGGAACCCGGUGUGUGGAUGAAUGGAGUCGAUGUCUUCACUGUGAUCGAACACUUGUUGCGAGACGGGGCGGAUCCCUGCGCCCACAACUCUGCUGGAGAGACCCCCCUGAUGUUAGCUGCCCGAAGAAGUCUGAGAUUUUUCACCGGUAGAGACGAGACAUUGUCCUGCAGGGAGGCGUCCAGUAUUUAUUCGUGGUUUUUGGAGCGCUGGGUUUCCGUGCUACGGUCUUGCAGUAUAGAUCUGAAGGACUAUUGUCGGCGGGAGCAACCAUCAGGGCCGUCUGAUCUCACACCCUGCACUUGGCCGUUCGAGGAUUCCCAUCCGUUGGUUUCCGAGUGGAAAUGGUUUGUGAGGACACGCUUUGAGGUUGGACCAAAUAAAGCAGAUUUGCGGAUUGAAUUUGAGUACCAAAAGGUGCGGAAGGUCAUGAGCCUUCCCGGUGCCUGGGACGAUAACAUCGCCGAAUAGGAUGAUUGGUGCACAUUUUGUAAACCACCUUUGACACUCUUCGUACCGGCGAGUCGUC